CGUUUAUGGCAAAACUUACCACCUGAGAUUGUAAAUGCGUCUAGUCUUGAUUUAUUCAAGAUCAAAAUCUUUGACUAUUUGCUAAAUUUAGAUACUUGAAGGUUAAGUUAACACUCUCAAAUUGUUUUAAAGUGAGACUGUCAAUUCCAUUUUUGUUAUUAGUAUUAGGAAAAUCUUAUAAAUAAGUCUUUAUUCAAUAAUCGAUCCACCGUAAGUUGUAUCGUCAGGUGGCGGUGGGGUCACGCACCCAGCGAAUAGCUCGAAAAGAUCGGCGUCAUAAAAUAUUUUCUACAGUGGUCGCAAGGUAUGUCGGGAUAUACCCGUAAUAAAAUAUUAAUAUCAUUAGAAAAUUGUAAUUGAUAAAUCCCUAAAAUGGAUAAAUUAGAAAUACGCAAGUUGCAGCGAGAAGAUUGUGUCGCUCUCAGAAAUCUUGUUCAAGAACUAGCGGAUUUUGAGGAAAUGCCCGAUGGUCCAAAGCUUGAUGCUGAAGAUUUAGAAAAAAACGGUUUUGGAGAACAACCAUUAUUUCAUUCUUUUGUUGCUGAGGUUGAAAAUCAAAUCGUUGGAUAUGCAAUUUAUUAUUACACUUUUUCUACUUGGCGUGGUAAAUCAAUGUUUUUAGAUGAACUUUAUGUUAAGCCAUCUCAUCGAAAAAUGCAUAUUGGCAGUUUAUUAUUUGAUGCAGUAGCAAAGGAAGCUUCCAAAAAUAGCUGCUGUCGACUCGAUUUUAUAGUUUUGGAUUGGAACCCUGCUGCUGAAUUUUAUAAGCGUAGAGGUGUGAUUGACAUUACAGAAAAAGAGAAGUGGCAUUAUUAUCGAAUAGAAGCAGAUGGCUUACAGAAACUUAUAGAAAAAAAUUUGACAGAUAUUCACCUUCUUCAAAAGUAUCAUUAUCUUCAAUACAUAGAUUUAUCUCACAAUAAUUUAUCAGAUUUAUCGUCUUUAAGUAGACUUCCUUACCUCUUAUACUUAAAUGUAUCACACAAUAAGCUCAAAGAUAUUUCGAACUUUGCACCACCAAGGUAUUUAACUUAUUUAAAUUUAUCACAUAACAUCAUAACAUCGAUGAAAAGUUUAGAAAAUUUUUGGAGUAUCGUCAAUUUAGAUCUUUCUUAUAAUUUUAUAAAGAAAAUUCCCCGAUUACACAAUUUCAGGUACUUGAAAUAUCUAAAUCUUUCGCAUAACUUUAUCGAGUAUGUACAACAUUUGGAACAUUUAAAUAUUCAAGAAUUAAAUUUAAACUUUAACUGUGUAAAAAAAUUUAUAUUCAUCAACUUAAAUAAAAAAAAUAGUGUGUUUGUUAAUUUGAGAACUUUAUUAAUGUGUCACAAUAAUAUAUCAUCAUUGAAAUUUCUUCGGGAUGUACAUUGCCUACGUCUUAUAGACUUAAAAGAUAAUGCAAUUGAAGAUUUAAUGGAAGUAUUUCAUUUGGAUAGUUUAAUAUAUGAAAUUGAUUUAAGAAACAAUCCUUGUACCAAAUGGCCAAAUUAUAAAGAAAUUGUUUUAUUUUCAAUUCCAAGUGCAGUUUUCGUUGAUGGGAGUGAAGUUACAGAAUCUGAAAUGGUUUCAGCGACUAUUACAUUCAAUCCACCGAUCAAUUUAUUAGCAUCCCGUGGAGCUACUCAACUUACUUUACUAGAACAGUUGAAUGUACCCAAAAUUGAUGAUAGUAUGACUUCGUAUGAUGAAAAUAGCCCACCUUUAAUAAUACUUAGUGGCCCAUUGGCUGUAAAAAAAUUAGCUUUAGGUCGACAUUUAUUUUUAAAAAACUCUGAUAAAAUAAAAUAUUGUCGCAGCCAUACAACAAGAAAAAAUUUUACAAAUAAUAUAGAAAAUGAUGGUUUUUAUUUUGUGAAUCACGAAGAAUUCCAUGAAAUGGCUCGAAAUGGAGAAUUUUUAACUAUAGAAGAGAUUUUAGGAGAUAGCUAUGGACUUCAUGUUAGUGAACUAGUUAAACUAAAAAAAGAAAAAAAAAUUGGUAUAACACAACUAGAUUUGUUAGCCACAAUACAAAUAAAAAUAAGAUAUCCACAAGUAAAAUUGAUACUUGUUUUCACUAAAAACGAAGAAAUGCAUCGACAAUGGAUCGAAGAUAAACUUCGAAUUUUUAGAUGGAUUAAAAAUAGCUCUAAAAAUUUAUGGGCGUUAUCGAUUCAUAGAGAGUAUAAUAUAAAUAAUGUAGAUUCAAUGAUUGACUCAGAAGAAAUGAUAAAUAAUAUGAAUAGCCAUGAAAAUGCGCAAAAAAAAGUAAGUCAAGAGAUAAUUUCGGAAAAAUUUGAAGCCGAUAAUAUUUUGUUCGAUACAUCAUUUCAGAAAUAUGAAAAUAUCAACAAACUUAAGAAUGAAUACAUUGAAAGUAUUUUAAAGUCACGGCAAGUUUAUCUUAAUCAACAUCUGAAUAAUCCUGGAUUUUAUUCUUUGGUGGUAGUAUAUCAAAAUAAAUUUGAAAACGAUUAACCUUGUAGGUUUCCCCUGGAACUUCCCGCUAAUUUUAAGCUCAAAACGCUGAAAAAAAUAUUCUAUAACAAACUUUUUAGCUCGUCGAGUUCGCAAAUACAACUUUUAUAUAUUUCAAGCUCUUCGAGCGUAAAAAUCUAGAGAAUGUAUUGGUGAAGCCCUUUUAUGAUCGUCUUAAAUUGCGAUAUUUCCUUAACAGAUUGACCGACUACGAUGAGGUUUGCGGCAUUUAAGGUAGUU